CCCCAAGCCAGACAUAACAUUAAAUCGCUUAUAAAGAGGUGUUGAAACCGGCUGGGGGUUAAAACCCCAUUUGAACGUAAUUUUUGUGAAUAAACAAUUGACAGUAAAAACGAAAAAAUGACUGACAACGGGCCACAUAUUGAAGCCAUCAGUGGGGUCCAUUCAGCAACAGUUGUUGGAUUAUGUCUUGGCGCAGGGAUAUUCGUGCUCUGUUUGGCUGCAAUAUCAUGCUUUUUUUAUCGUCGUCAUCGGCAAUUGAAUGCCAAGCGACACGGUCCUGAUCAACCUCUAGCUUUCCACACCCACCGUAGGCCAACAGCAGUUAGAAGUCCUGCGGGAGGAACUACCACCCAUUAUCUCAAAAAGAGUCCCAGUCCCACAAACCCAUCGAAAACACCACCAGGGCUGUCAGGUCCGAGCAGUCCAAGUCCUACAGGAAGCGUGGCGCCCUCGGAAAGCAGCGGAAACAAAUACGAGUCUUGCACUGAGAAGAACGAGACCUCGUCGCAAAAAGACGCAUACAAAUCAGAAAGCGAAACCCAAACACCGACUAAGGAAGAACAGGACAUUAACGAGAAGAAUUUACAGCAAAACCAGUCAUAUUUGGGUCAAUUGGUAUUUAAAUUAAGAUACAAGCACGAUAAGAAUGCUCUUAUAGUAUCAGUAGUGAGAUGCCGGGACCUUCCUGCAAAGGAUCCCAGCGUCGGUUCAAGCGAUCCCUACGUCAAGUUACAACUGCUUCCCGACAAACAGCACAAAGUCAAAACUAGGGUACUCAGAAAGACCCGCAAUCCCGUUUAUGAUGAAGAUUUCACCUUCUACGGCAUCAAUUACAACCAGCUGCCCAGUAUCACACUCCAUUUCGUUGUUCUCAGCUUCGACAGAUAUUCUCGAGACGACAUAAUCGGUGAAGUGUUUUGUGCUUUGAACUCAAUCGACAUCAAUCAGGCUGAAAAUCAGCAAAUCGCCUUGUGCAGAGAAAUUCAACCUCGCAGUCUAAAGAUUCGAUCCCAAGGACGUGGCGAAUUACUUGUGUCCUUGUGCUGGCAGCCUGCUGCUAAUAGGUUAACUGUUGUCGUCCUGAAGGCUCGCAAUCUCCCGAAAAUGGACGUAACAGGUUUGGCUGAUCCCUACGUCAAGAUUUAUCUCCUUUAUAAUGGUCAGCGCAUCGCAAAGAAAAAGACUCACGUUAAGAAGAGAACACUGAGUCCUGUCUUUAACGAAAGUUUUGUUUUUGAUAUUCCGUCUGGCGGCGAAGAAUUGACCAACGUUAGUUUAGAGUUCUUACUCCUUGACUGGGAUAGGGUCACCAAAAAUGAAGUUAUAGGAAGGUUAGAAUUGGGCGGACCCAAGUGCACUGGCAGUGCCCUUCACCAUUGGAACGAGGUUUGUAAUUCGCCAAGGAGGCAAAUAGCCGAUUGGCACAAAUUACGCGAAUAAUACCAAUAAAUUCGUUAACUAAUUAUUAUUACAGUUACAUAAACAGUAACCCAUUUAGCUAUCGUUUAAAGAAUUUUCUGUAGUCUGGCAAUUGAAAAUAUCGAUGUGCUGACAUUAACGAAAUACAAAAUAACAACAAAUACCUACACCAAAAACGUAGUCUUACUUACGUAUAAAAAUAAUGGUUAGUUAAAUAGCAAUUAAAUGUACGAGGUACUCUACCAUCCCUAAGGCAUCUUAUUUUAAGUUGUGGACAGUGUCCAGAAUUCGUGUACAACAUUUAGCUUAAUGUGAUAGGACUGACAAAUAUUUACGUAAUGUAAACAUAAAGAUAUAUGUAAAUGUAACGCUUAGGUUACAAUAGGUAAAAUAUAAAUUAAACAAUUUUCAGAUUUUUUAUCCUAAAACUGCAAUUUGAUUAAAAAAAAAGUCCAAAAUCUUUGAGUGAUAUCCUUUUGGAUUAUAACGUUUUUAUACAUUUUUACUUACGCUUAACAAAAAAAUAAUUGAAAACAUUUUUCCUUUGUUUUGUUUUGUUUUUAAAUCAGCAAUAACAUUCUAGCGCUGAUUUAAAUUGCAAAAUUUGAACCUCAAAGAUAAAUGUUAUUGUUCUGUAAAUACACAGGUAUAAAGUAAUGUAAUUCAUUAUGAUUUGGUUUUAUAAUUACCAAAAAGUCUAUUGUUGAUGUUUAAUAGAUAAAGUGCAUAAAAAGUAUGUAGAUGCUAGAGCAAAGAUGUAACACUAAUUAUUAUAUAGCAAAAAAAAAUAGUAGACAAAAAGUCAACAUCUAUUUGUAGCAUUUACUCGCGUAGCAAUUGUGAAUCCAGAAUUAGUGUAACAAUAUAAUAUAUUUGUUAAUAUCAUAAUUUGUUAGCGGUAGCACCCAUCAGACAAAAGGUCAGUUCGUUGAUUAAUGUAAAUAACAUCUGACAGCUUUCCUUUUUGUUUUUAUGAAUGAUUUAUUAACUUCUGAUUAACUCAUUUAAGUCAGUAAUUUAGUUGUUACAAAAAUUAAAAACCGAAUCGACAACAAUUUGGGUAAAUUUUCUGGACACACCCGAUUGAGAAUAGUUUUUACGGUGUCCAUGUCAUAUGACGUUUAAUUUUCGAAAAUGACUAAAAGUAAAAUUGUUAAAGGUUGUGGAGUUCUAACACUGUACCUACAAGUAUUUCGUACAUUGUUACCAUUAUUUUCAAGCUUUUUUUUUCUGUUUUUAACAAUUACCUUUAGAAAUGGCUACGGUUAAAACCGCCUUCUACUUUUCUACAACUUCUAUUACGUUAUAGAUACAAAAAUGUAUGAAAUAAUAACAAAAUUUUGUGGAAACGCAAAGGCAUAUUCAACCAAACCGGAAAUACGUAAUAAACACGUAUUAAAUUAGAGUUAGGCAUAAGAAGACUGUACAAAAAGGCGAAAUUUGGGACACAACAAAAAAGCGGGAAAUUUUAAGCAGAAAAUUAAUGUAUGCUUAAAAUAAUAAAGUAGACUGCUAAACAAAUGCACCGUUGUUUCAGCUGCCCAAGCUUUCAAAGCUGCAAUGGGCUCUAGCCACUUUUUUUUGCUGUCCCGAAUUAAAAGUAGAAUAGGAAGAAAGUGGUUGAAUUUGUCUUUUAAUUAAAAUUUAUCUACACGUUGCAUUAAAAUAAAAUGCAUAAUAAGUAAAUUUGCAACGAAUACAGUGUGCUCGAUCUAGAAUGCUGUAAUUUCGACUAUUUUUUGUAUCACAAAGCAUUAUGUGAAAUAUUUAUUACAAAAGUGCGAAAAUUAUGUACUUUUAAUUAUUUCUAAUUGGGCUCAUUUUAUAGAAAUGAAUUAUUAAUAACUAGCUUUUUCUUAGGUGUUCACUAAACAGUGGUAUUGGUAAAAUUAAUUUCUUAAUUAAUUAUAUACUUUUUUACUUUUAUAAUUCUGAAUUGCUUAUUUAUAUAUAAUUAGAAUAAUUAUUCCAAUAGAAUAAUUUUAUGAUCUCAUAUUAUAAAAAAAAAAACAGUAAGUUAAUUGUUUUUGGAAAACAAACAUUGAAGUAGGUAUUCGGUAUUUGGCUAAAUGGAAAAUAAUUGCCAAUGAGGCCAAAAACCGGAUGAUAAUUGUUGGAGAAUAUUCGUUGCAAGGCUGAUAAGAAAAUAAUAUAAUACUUAUGUAUGGUGUAUCUGUAUUAACCUAUGUCCGUUUUUUAAAAUGACCAAAGUAAAGUUUAAGAUUUUUUUAAAAGUGCAACUUAGUUUGUAUGUUUGUGAUAUAGAUUAAGUAAAUACAAACAGAAAAAAAUAAAUGUUUCGCUGAAAUUAAGCUAAUACAGUAAGUAGUACCUACCCAUAAACAAAAUUUUCAAGCACGCUUUUACUACACUAUGAUGUAUUGUAUAUUUAGCGUUUCUUUAAUGAAUGAUGUCAUUAAUUACAA